AUGGCAUCCGCGGCUGUCUUGAAGGUCACCUACCAGUCCGAGGUACGCCGAUGCCUCCUUGCGAACGUCCGACCCAGCUUUGGAGAGAUCAUUGAGAGCAUUGCGAAGCUCUUCCCCGAAGCCAAAGAUUGCACUGCCCGGUACCUCGACGAGGAUGGGGACGCGUGCACGCUUUGCGAGGCUUCGCUGUCAGACUUCCUGGCUCAGGCAGCCAACGGCGUGAACAUGGCCAACAGCACCGGCAAGAUGGUGCUCCGCCUGGAGCUCGUGAGCCUUCCUCAAGCACCCACGCUUCCGGAGGCCCUGCCACCCAAGGAGGCGCCGGAGGCAAGCCCGAAGAACACGGCACAGGCUUUCGAGGUCGUCAACUCGCUUUCGGAUGGACUGCUCCAUGGUAAGGGCACAGGCUGCAAGGGCAAGGGCAAGGGCAAGUCCGGCAAGGGCAAGGCGGGAUGGAAAGGCCGCUGCCACAACGAGCAAGAGCAUGAGGAGAACGAGGAGUGGCCUUGGUGGAACUGGUACGCCCGACAGCAGUGGUUCCACACGGGAGCUGCACACUCGGUGGCGGCAGCACUGUCUCCACAGGUGCUUGCGAGCGCCUUUGUUUGCGAACUGCCGCGAAUGGUCACAAAGGUACGUGAGCAGGUACCAGAGGCCUUGGGCCAACCGCUGUGCAAUGCUCUGGGCUUCCUGCCGGCUUUGUCAGAGGCCUUGCAGGAGCUUUGGUCGCUCCUCGGCCGAAACAAGCUCCAGGCCGAAAAACACCUGGGACGAUUCCUAGCCGAGGUGACGCCAGAAAACGGCGGCCAGUUCUUGCUUGCCUUCCUCAGUGAGCUGGAGGCCAUGGAUUUCCAGGAUAAGCUGAACUUGAUGGCCACUUUCUUCGAGUCGCAGCACGAUCGCCUGCAUAAGGCUUUUUGGAGGUUGGAGCAGAGGCUCCCAUUCCUACCAGGGCUUCUGGAGCAUCCUGGCGUGCAGUGCGAUGGCUGUGGUGCUGCGCCUCUACUCGGCCCUCGCUUCAAGUGCGUUUCCUGUCCUGACUAUGAUCUAUGUGGUGUAUGCUACGCAAACAGGCUGCAUCUGCAUGGGGGCGACUGUGACACGCACGACUUCACAUGCAACUUGUCAGAGGCCACUCACCCUCUGCACAUGAAGCUCAUGGCUCGUGCAUUGAAGCACUCUGGGCCUUUAACCUUUGUCCUGGGUAUGUUUGGAUUGGACGGCAAGCAUGCGAAAGCUGGCAAGGGAAACGCCAAGGGGAAGCAUAAGGUCUCAGGGACGGGCCCAGUCGACCAAAGCUGUGACAGAAGCACCGGUGGAUGUGCGGAUCCCCCGGUGCAAGGCAGCUUCUUCAAUUGGGGUGGCAGACCCUCGGACAACAGUGCUGGAGAAAGUGGUGCAAAGAUCAGGCGCUGUGCGACAGACGGCUGUCAGUACCAGGCUCACAAGGGCGACUACUGCUGUGGGGCAUGUGCCAAGGGCAAGCGUUGUGGACAUGGCACACGCUGCCAGCGUGCCCUUUUCGACGGUGGAAUGGCUCCCGAAAGUGUGGGCUGUCAGGAGGGUGGCAAGCGUUGCGCAACACCUGGCUGCCAGUACCAGCCAACUUGGCAUGCAGAGUACUGCUGCAAAGUCUGUGCCAAAGGAAAAGGUAGCCAUGGCCCGAAUUGCGAAAAGGUAGCAGCAACAUGCAGCGACAGCAGCGAAGAUACAGAAAGCAAGGCCAUGAAGAUCAGGCGCUGUGCGACAGACGGCUGUCAGUACCAGGCUCACAAGGGCGACUACUGCUGUGGGGCAUGUGCCAAGGGCAAGCGUUGUGGACAUGGCACACGCUGCCAGCGUGCCCUUUUCGACAGUGGAAUGGCUGCGUGGAAGAACGACGCCACGGGUAGUAUCAACGAGACAGGCCCAGAGGCCGGAUCGAAGAAGAUUGCUGGCAAGCCGUGUGCAGCAGCAGGAUGCACAUAUCAGGUGACUUGGCAUGAGACUCAUUGCUGCUAUGCUUGCGCUGCCCAUGGGCCUGGGACCCAUGGCCCUCACUGUGAGAGGGUGGAGCAGUAG